AUGCAUCAUAGGGAUUAUCUUAAAAGACAGAGUGUUCGUUUAACAUCGAGUAAUUAUAACAAGGCCUACAAAAGAUGCAAGAAUAAAUUAAAUAAGCUUAUUAAAAAGACUAAGGAAGAAUACUUUAAAACGAAGUUAUCUAAUGCAAAUAAUAGCAAAGGGAGUUGGCAGGCUAUUAAUGAGCUAUUAAACAAAAAGCCCAAAACUACCCAUGUAACACAGCUAAAUGUAGAUGACCAAGUUAUAACUGGAGACACAAAUAUUGCGGACUGUUUUAAUCAGUAUUUUUCAUUCAUCGGUUGUAAACUGUCGAAAAAUGUCCAAAAUAUUAAUGUUGACCCUAUGACAUUUGUCACUCCUACGGAGAGUUCGUUUCAUUUUUCAUGUAUUUCAGUCCAAGAGACUUUUGACGCCUUAAACCAACUUAAUUCAAGGAAAUCACCAGGACUGGACGGCAUAAGUGUAAAACUAUUAAAAGAUACAAGCGAUGUUAUCGCGCAACCAUUAGCCAACAUCUUUAAUCUAUCUCUUCAGACUGCAAUUUUUCCGGACGAGUGGAAAAUCGCCAAGGUAUCACCAGUCUUUAAAGAAGGGAAUAAAACUGAUUGCGGAAAUUAUGGACCAAUCUCUGUAAUUUCUGUGGUUGCUAAGCUGUUUGAAGGGCUAGUGUACAAUCAAUUGAGAACGUUUAUUGCCGACAAUAGCAUUCUUGUAGAGCAACAGUCCGGUUUUCGUUCACAACACUCUACUGAGACGGCACUCUUAGGUUCGACAAAUGAGUGGUUAUAUAACAUGGACAGUGGCUUAAUCAAUGGAGUCCUGUUCUUGGACUUGAAAAAAGCUUUUGACACUGUCGACCAUGAAAUCUUAUUAAAGAAACUUCACCUAUACGGCAUAAAAGGAACUACUUACGCAUGGCUUGAAUCUUACAUCCAAAAUAGGAAAUCGAUUUGUUUAAUGAAUGGGAAAAAAUCACAUGCUAGAGAAAUUAGGUGUGGGGUACCACAAGGUUCUAACCUUGGCCCCAUCCUAUUCCUCUUGUAUAUUAACGAUCUACCUAAGUGUCUAGAAACAACCAAGGCCAACUUGUUUGCUGAUGACACAAAUCUUUCGUGUGCCGGCUUAGAUGCCAAUGAAAUCGAGACUAAACUUAAAAGAGAUCUUGAGAAUGUUCAUAGUUGGCUUAGAUGUAACAAGCUCACGCUAAACGAUAGCAAAACGGAAUUUAUGAUAAUUGGCUCUAGACAUCAUCUUACUAAAUUUGAAGACAACCCAGAGAUUUCAUUAGCCAUACGAGAUAAUAAUAUUAAACGGGUCACCAACAAAAAAUCUCUUGGUUUUAUCAUCGACGAUCAAUUAAAAUGGGGUAUGCACAUUGACGCACAAUGUAAAAAAAUCUCAAAAAAUAUUGCAUUACUAAGAAGAGCCAAGUCCUUUGUUCCUUUACACAUUCUAAUCAAAAUGUAUAAUGCUCUAGUAUCUCCUCACCUGACAUAUUGCUCAACAAUAUGGAAUGAUGGAUCUAAUACCAUUCUUAACAAACUCUCUAAGUUACAAAGAAGAGCAGCUCGGGUUAUCACAGGACAAUCAUACGAUGUUCGUUCCACUCAAAUACUAGAAAGUCUCAAUUGGAUGCCAAUUGAAGACAUUUUAAAGAAAAGAGAAAUCAUUAUGACGUUUAAAGCUUUAACUAACAGACUACCUGAUUAUGUGCAGAAUUUCUUCACGAGAUGCGAAAAUAGUAAUUAUUCUCUAAGAAGCAAUAAUGUUAAACUAUCUUUGCCUAAAUCAAGAACCAACUUUCUUAAAAGAAGUUUCUCUUAUAUAGAGCAGCACAAGGGUGGAACGAAUUAUCGGAUGAAGUAACUAAUAACAUUCAAGAUUUAUCUUUACCCGAUUUCGAACGGCGUUUAACCCUUAAGCUUGCACAUGAAUAA